AUGUCAACCGAACCACCAAGUCGCACGUCGACUCCUCGAUCGUUCACAAACUCAGCAACCUCAGCUGAAGACUUGCUAAAAUCACAAACAGUCGGUCUAGUCCAUCUUUCGGAGUUUCGCAAACGGCGAGCAGAAGUUCUUGAACAGAAAGAGCGCGAGGCGCAUGAUAAAUCGUUGGGACGGUUCACAUCGGGCACGAGGACAGGAUCACCAUCACAAAACGAUGCGCCUGGCGGUGCGCUGACACCCGGCUCUGUAUCCUCGGAAGGUCGACCAAAAAAGAGAAAAAAGGCACUUGCAAAGAGUAAAUUAUCUUUCGGAGACGAUGACGAUACAAACGAUACUGGAGAAGACUCUGGUGCAGCGACGCCACAACCAAAUUCCAAGAAACAGCUAGAAGGAAGUCCUGCUAUACAACCGCGCAAGAUCACCGCAAACCCCAAUGCUCCUCCCCCGCCAAAGACACUCACCAAAGCGGCACUUGAGGCUGAGGCGCAGGCGCGAGAUGCAUUACGAAAAGAGUUCUUGGGUAUGCAAGAAAAGAUCAAAGCUACGGAGAUUAUAAUACCUUUUGUUUUCUAUGACGGCACAAACAUCCCCGCCGGACAGGUCAAAGUCAAGAAAGGAGAUCACGUCUGGUUAUUCCUUGACCGGUGUCGUAAAGUUGGCGCCGAGCUUGGAGCAGCAGGAGCUCAGAAGAGUAGUCGCGCGAAACGCGAUAACCGUCGAGAAUGGGCUAGAGUUGGUGUGGACGAUCUCAUGCUCGUGCGAGGGGAUAUUAUUGUUCCUCAUCAUUAUGAAUUCUACUACUUUAUAGCGAAUAAAGUACCUAGUUUUGGCAAGACCAAGGGUUUAUUAUUCGAUUUCUCGGCCAGUGUACCUCCCGCGCAAGAGGACGGCCCUGUCUCGCAGCCUAAUGAUGAAGAGCUCGAGGGCGCCAACACAGAUCCAACACUGACGAAGGUGGUGGAUCGGCGGUGGUACGAGAAGAAUAAGCACAUAUUUCCGGCCAGUCUAUGGCGCGAGUACGAGCCGGGUGAGGAGUUUCUCGAGAAGAUGAAGUCAACGAGGAGAGAUGCCCAGGGCAACGCAUUCUUCUUCUGA